AUGCCUCUGGCCUUGGUCUCGCGACGAACGCGUCUGUCCCACACCCUUUUUCAGCCAUUUAUGCGAAGCCUUCAGAAACGAAGUCAUGCUCUCUCGCUGCCAGCCCGGGUUGGACUGGCCCUGGGUCUCUUGGCGGCCGUGAUGUUAGGCGUUUUUGUCUCGACCUGGAUUGUUCUGCGAGUCAAGCGCGGCCCGGGCGUCACCCUCUGGACCCUGUUCAGCCGACAACCCAUCCCUGCCCGGAGUCCCGAAAGCGACCCAUGCGACCCAGCAGCUGUCGAGGCGGGAAAGUCCCUGGAUGACCGGCUGUCAGAUCACGCUCACGACGACGACGACCACCACCACCACCUCUCCCAGCCCUCUCACCGUCGUCGCGUAUCCAACGUCUCUCCCCGCCGAAUGUCCCGGCGUAUGUCUCAGACACACGAAUACCUGACCCUCCCCGAAAAGCCCACCGACUCCUCUUCUCCAACAACAACCACUGCAGCCCGCCCUGCUCAACUAGUAGAUCGAGCGCCCCCCAGCCCAGGCAGCCCAUACAUCCCGCUGCGCCCCAUUGCCCGAUUAGGCCCGGUCCGCACCAUGUCCGAGGCGGACAUCCGACGCGACCUGCCCGCGCCGCCUUCCUCGCCCUUCGCUCGCGCCGCGGGACUGCGCACGAGCACGCGGUCCGCGGGCAUGGCGGCGCCGGCGCCCCAGGCGAUCCGGCCGCCAGCGUUCGAUCUCCCGUGGAAGAAGGAGGAGUUUUACGUUCCGGAUAGUCCCGAGGAUCAUAUUAUCGUCUUGCCUUCGCCCCGCGACCUGAAGACGUUUCGAUUGACAUUGCAGACUUGA